CUCUUCAUCACCUUCCUGGUGGGUGCGGUGGGGAACGGGCUGUACCUGUGGGUGCUGGGGCUGAAGAUGAAGAGGACGGUGACCACGCUCUGGUUCCUCCACCUGAUCUUCUGCUACCUCCUCUUCACCCUGCUGAUCCCCUUCUUCGCUAUCUACAUCCUGAUGGGUUUCCACUGGGUCUUCGGCACGGCCAUGUGCAAACUCCUCAACACCUGCAUCUCCGUGGGCAUGUUCUCCUCCGUCUUCCUGCUCACCCUCAUCAGCCUGGACCGCUACACCCUCACCUGCCAGCCUAUUUGGUCCCGGUAUCACCGCACCAUGAGCCGGGCUAGGAAACUUGUCGUGGGCGUGUGGCUGGUCUCCUUUGCUCUCAGCGCUCCCUACCUGGCUUUCCGGGAGACCCGCAUGGUGGGCGGGGGCAGAAUCGCCUGCAUCAACAAUUACAAUAUCUCCAGAAACUGGAAUGGAACCAAGACACGAGAUCUGGGGAGACAGAUCCAUCUGGCCGUCUUUGUGAUCCGGUUCCUCCUGGGCUUCCUGCUGCCCUUCUGCACCAUCAUGGGAUGCUACAGCCAAGUGAGGUUGGAGAUGAAGGAGAAGAGGCCGGUGUGGGCUGGGAAGCCCUUCAAAGUCAUGGUGGCAGCAGUGGUGUCCUUCUUCCUCGGCUGGCUGCCCUACCACUUCUACCAGGGCUUGAAUUUCUACACAAAGGCGUUGCCAGAGUCGGUGUCGGAUGCCCUCUUGGUCAUUUACACCUUUACAACCUGCUUCACUACCUGUUUCACCCCCAUCCUCUACCUGUUUGUGGGGGAGAAUUUCUGGCAGGUCUUCAGGACGUCUCUUCCCAUGCUGGUCAAGGCGGGGUUUGACGAUGAACUCGGCAGCUAUUCCCCUGAGUCUAGUGUAAGACUUGGGACACAAUUUGUGAACGCACAACAGAAUCAGACUUAG